GUGGCAGCUGUGCGCAUGCGCAGCGGCGCACGGUCCUCUGAAGAGUUGGCUUUUUUUUUUUUAAUAAGCCCGCGCGCUCAAAGCUGAACGCUGACUGCAAAAUAAUGUUGUUUCCCGCGGAAGUUAGAGAGCCUGUCACCGAAAAACAAGCCCGGAUUUUGAGUCAGAGCUUCUCCGGCUGAGUGUUUUGGUCCGGUCAGUGUCACGGAGCUGUGCAGAGACCACUUCGGGUUUGUUAUGAGCUCUUUUCAGCUGUUAGGACAAAUCUAGGAGCUGAAACCAUCAUUUUAUCCACAGUAAUUGGCAGAUCAGAUCAUAGCCGGAGAUCCAUGAUGGAGGCCUCACAGGACCUCAGCGAACAGAUGGUGAAGAAACCACACAGUGAAUCUCAUGUUCCAGACCCUUCAGACGCCAGGUCCAUGGAAAUGCAGGACCUAGCCAGUCCUCAUAACCGUGUCGGAGGUGGAGAUUCGACAGGCUCCAAGCUGGACAAGAACAACCUCGGCAGUCCCUCCAUCACCACCAAUGGAACAGGAGGUGAAAGCAUGACCGUUCUAAACACGGCCGAUUGGCUGCUGGGCUGCAGCAGCCCGUCUCCUGCCUCGUGUUCCAAGGACUAUGUGAAAACCGAGCCUUUGAACAACAGUGAAACCGUCACCACGACAGGCGACGCAUCAUUGGAGACGUAUGCAGGCUCAGUCAUCACCAGCAGCGGGUACAGUCCUCGUUCAGCUCACCAGUACUCUCCUCCCCUCUACCCGUCAAAGCCCUACCCGCACAUCCUCUCCACGCCGGCAGCACUACCCAUGACGACGUAUGCUGGCCAGCCUCAGUUCAGCAGCAUGCAGCAGUCCACCAUGUAUACAGCCUACUCACAGACAGGGCAGCCCUACGGACUGUCCAACUACGACCUGGGUGUGAUGCUUCCAGGGAUUAAGACAGAGAACAGCUUAACUCAGAGUCAGUCUCCACUACAGACCGGGCUCAGCUACAGCUCCGGUUUCACCACACCUCAGCCUGGACAGACUGCCUACUCCCCCUACCAAAUGCCAGGUUCUAGUUUCACUGCUUCCUCAGGCCUCUACGCCACCAACAACUCUGUGUCCAACCCUGCCAACUACACUGCCACACAGCAGGAAUAUCCCUCAUACACAACGUUUGGCCAAAACCAGUAUGCGCAGUAUUACUCUGCCUCCACAUACGGGACUUAUAUGACCUCCAACAGCAUGGACGGCACUGGUUCCACAGCAGCGUACCAGCUGCAGGAUCCAACCCCGGCCAUGACGGGACAGGCUGCUGAACUUCACCCAGGGGACUUUGAAACAGUGCAGAGCCCCUCCACGCCCAUCAAAGAGCUGGACGACAGAGCCUGCCGGAGUGGGGGGUCCAAGUCUCGCGGCAGGAGCCGCAAAAACAACCCGUCUCCUCCCCCGGACAGUGACCUGGAGAGGGUGUUUGUGUGGGAUCUGGAUGAGACCAUCAUUGUCUUCCACUCUCUGCUCACAGGCUCCUAUGCACAGAAAUAUGGCAAGGACCCUCCCAUGGCGGUGACGCUCGGCCUGAGGAUGGAGGAGAUGAUCUUCAACUUGGCCGACACGCACUUAUUUUUCAACGACCUGGAGGAAUGUGAUCAGGUCCACAUUGAUGACGUCUCAUCAGACGACAACGGCCAGGACUUGAGUACUUACAGUUUUGCAACUGAUGGCUUCCAUGCAGCUGCGACCAGCGCCAACUUGUGCCUGGCUACGGGGGUCCGAGGCGGGGUCGACUGGAUGAGGAAGCUGGCCUUCCGCUACCGACGGGUCAAGGAGUUAUAUAGCACUUACAAAAACAAUGUUGGGGGUCUGCUCGGUCCUGCUAAAAGAGACGCCUGGCUGCAGCUCAGAGCAGAGGUGGAAGCUCUGACAGAUUCCUGGCUCACCCACGCCCUCAAGUCGCUCUCUAUCAUCAGCUCCAGGAGUAACUGCGUAAACGUGCUGGUGACCACGACGCAGCUCAUACCGGCGCUGGCUAAAGUUCUUCUCUACAGCCUCGGCUCGGUUUUCCCCAUAGAGAACAUUUACAGUGCAACCAAAAUAGGGAAAGAGAGUUGCUUUGAGCGCAUAAUGCAAAGGUUUGGCAGGAAAGUAGUGUAUGUUGUAAUUGGGGACGGUGUGGAAGAGGAACAGGCGGCCAAAAAGGUAAUGGACCCCCAAGAAAGCUUUAUGGUGACCCCGCCUACUCUGCGCAGCGUGAGCUCUGAUUGGACGAAACCUGCAGCAGUUUUUGUGUUUGGUCUUUGACUUCCUCUGGUCGACUGGCUUUUAAACUUGUUUUUGUUUGUUUGUUUAAUGUGAUGGGAUACUUAACUGCAGCUGCUGAGCUCCAAUCUUGGCUUGGCUUAUUGCGUGGUUUUUGCACUUAAAACGGAAUUAUCUUAAGCUUUUAAAGCUUCAUUGACAUUUCAAAAUUGAGAUUGGCUCGUUUCUAACAUUCAAUCCUAAUCAGAUUUACUAAGAUCUAAGUGUACCCAGUAACCAAGCUUUGAGCGCUCAUUUGUUAAGAAUACUGUUUAGUUUAUUGUGAGAAAUCAGUUUUUAUCUGUUGUAAUCUGAUGUGUUUUCUUCAGAAUCUGAUUCUUUUCCUUUUCAGCUUUGGGUUGAAUUUCAGAUGUGAUGGUGUUGGGUUUAACCAGACAAGGCAUUUUGGGAAAUAACUUAUUUGGUUUUGGCUUGAAAGUUAAUGAAAAAAAUCCAGGGAUGCCACCAACAACCUGAUGACCUCAACCUGUGAGAAUCAAUCCAGAAGAGGGAGCUCAUUCAUUUAAAGCUAUCAACCCUGUUUCUAAUGACCCACUGCACACCUGAUUCAAAUAAACUUAAUUUAGCAGAGUCACUCAUUUCAGUCAUUACAGUAUCUUGUGCACCAGACCAAUUUUGUUGUACUUUGUACCAGUUCUAAUGUAAUUUAAUGCUUUUUCACCUCCAUUGGUGGCAAGUUUCAGCAUGAAUCAAUCAACCCAGUUCAGUUACAUGGCCACAGCAGUGUUGAGAGUAAAUAGUCACAAAAUAUUAAAGUUUUUUUAAAGGGGCGUGGCCAAAUUCAUACCUAUUACCUGCCUGAAUUGUCAGCAUAAAUUAAACAUUUCCAGAUCCUUUAAACACCAGUGCAGGCAUUUAAAAAUGUAAAAUUUCUAUAGUAAUAGAUGCAUUGUUUAAAAAAAAUGAAAUCAGUGAUGCAAGAGCCACAACUGCAUAUUUCCCAAAGUGCUUUCAGAUGUUUGACUGCAUGGGUUUUGUUUGCAGUGCUAGCAGCUUCAGGCUACUGUAGUGGUGCAACUUGCAUGGGUUUAGGUGGUGAUUAACACUUUGGUUUUAAUGGUGUCCCCACUUCACAGCACAACAUGCCCUUCUGGAGGAUAUCCAGCCACUCAGACUUGCUGGCGUUACACCAAGCACUGGAGUUUGAAUACCUGUAAGGAUGGUAGAAACAUGGACUUAUGCAAUGAUACCAUGGAAACAGCCCUCUUCUUUUGUACAACUAUUUAAGAACAAAACGAAAAAAUAAACUGCAACUGAUUUUUUUUUUUUUUUUUAUCUUUUUGAAUGUCUGGAUUUACAAACUCUUAAUGGUCUUAAAAGAGGUUAAGGUCUUUAGGGUUGGGAGUUCCUGGACUUGAUGCACCCUCCCAGUCUGGAUGAGACGAAGAAACCUCUAAAAACCUGGUCUACUGUCCACAGCUAAACCAGAACAUGAAAGAUGAAGACUUUCACAAGGACCACCUCACCAAAGCAUUACUCUGAAGGCAUCUGUGUACAGACGAACGUCAACUGGAACUUUUUUUUUUAGGGUUUUCUUCCUGGUGGUUAACUCAAUGCAGACUGUGGUUUAAGAAACUCUAAAUUAUUUCCAAUAAACUUAAAGGAAAGUGAAGUUUUUUUGUUCCUUUUGUCAAGGAAAUAAAAUUUUAGCAAUCUUC